UAUACAAUGAUCAUUUCUAAGUUGACCGGCAGCUCCUGCUUUCAUAUCUAGAGUUCACAUCUUUGUUAGGUGAGUUGCAGGAAAGUGAUUUUCAUAGAAACAACAUCUCUGAUCAGUCUGACAGCAGCUUCAUCAGUAUAUCACUGCACUAAAUCUGCUGAUGCGUAUGGACAUGGACAAGAAGAUGAUGAUAUUGUGUCUGCUCUUGGCAGCCUCUAGCAGCUCUGUGUUUACCACAGAAUGGAAGGCCACUGUUGUGAGAGAGCUGAACGCUCUGGUUUCAUCCUGCGUGGUGAUUCCCUGCUCCUUCACCCAUCCUGAAGGAAACUUUCCCACCUCCAAAAUCAGAGGGAUCUGGCAUAUCUCAAACAAAAGGGAGGAGCGCAUCUAUCAUAAAGAUGACAGCUUGGUUUUGGAAAGCUUCAAGGGGCGCACAGAGUUGUUGGGCCAUCUGGGUCAGGGCAACUGCACCUUAAGAAUCUCUGAAAUUAAAGAUCAUGAUAACGGCCCGUUCUGCUUCCGGGUUGAACUGACACCAACAGAGACGCAGACGCUGGAGAAGUUCUCUUUCGUGGAGGACUGUUGUGAUCUGAAAAUGCUCCCUGAUCCCCCAAAGCCCACACUGACUCACUCAAAGGUAGCAAUUGAAGGAGUUCCCUUCACUGUGACCUGUACAGUCCUCCACACCUGCCCCUAUCAGGCCCCUAAACUCACAUGGAGCAGGGGCACCGCAGACGGCAUCACUGUCGUCAACAGAGAAAUCCACGCUGGAAACUGGGAGGUCCAGUCCGUCCUGACAUUCAUUCCCAAGGAGAAGGAUGACCACAGCGACGUCACCUGCACAUCCACUUUCAAUGGAGGGGGGACGUCGUCUGCAGCAAUGACUCUCUUUGUAAAACGCGAAGAGAACUACAACCACAUCAUCAUCCCUGCAGUGGUAGGGAUUGGAGUAGCUCUGAUCUUUGCAGUCUUCUGCAUUUUCAUGGUGAAAAAAUACAAGGCCCGCAUUGCAGAGCUGCAAAGACGGGACGGCAGCAUGUGGAACCGACUAUCCAGGCUGUCACACAGAAUGCGUCCUAGUGGCCCAGGACCAAAUCCUGAACAGGGGAGGUCUAUUUGGAGCAGAUUUUCAAGAAGGAAUCCAGUGGACACGGUGCAGCAGAUGCCAAAAUCCUGCUCCAAUGAGGCAUUCUCUAAGCCUCGUUUCCCAUCACCCAAAAGCCAGCCAAAAUCGAUGAAUUACAACAAGGCCUUUGACCAUGGUGACAUGUCCAUGAACAACACAGAUUCAAACAUCUAUGGAAACCUGUGAAAAAAACCCUCAGAGAGGCACGCGGCAGUUCUAAGCCUGACGUUAUCGCUCCACCAAGCAGCUUACGCUUAUUUUUGUCAAGAUUAUUGUGAAAUUUGAAUUCGGUUUUAUGUCUGUUACAUUCUAAUGUUGUUAUAAUUGGUGACAAUGCCUUCUGCACACAUAAUUAUGCUAGCUUUUGUUUAUCAGAAUUGCUUCCACCUCACAGGCUGUGUAACACGGCCACAGUGAGAAUCAUGAAAAGUAACACCAUUAGUUUAUCACAACAAUAAGAUAUUGAUUGAUUGAAUAAAGUGAUUUUUUUGGGAGCAACAUACAAAAGACUGUACCCAUUUCUUUUAAAUUGAGAGCUAAGAAUAUUAGACUGUCUCACACAUUGGCUUGAUCAACAUGAGGUUAACACCAGCAACUCAGAACAACUUCUUACUUCUUAGAAUGAGGAAGAAACUGAUGGUUUCAGGAGAGGGGGGGCAGAAGCCACCCUAAACUAUUUCUAAGUCCCUGCAACAACAACUAUAGUAAAAACAGUGACUUAUUUGGACAUGUAAAUAAUUAUCUUAUCUCAGCUCUAACAUGGUAUUCCUUGGAAUAUUUAGACUUUGUGCCCACACCACCACCACAGUUUUUUUAUUCUUGCAUCAUCUACUAGGAACAUUGGAUAUAAAUUUGCAACCAGCUAUUAUCUGUCAUAUUUACAUGAUCUUGUCUAGCAUUGUUCAUAAAUAUACACUGCUCCCAGUGUAUAUAUAUAUAGCUGUUUAUUUCUGUAAAUAGUUUUGUUGCAUGUUUGCUGACUUAGUUAGGAUGGCGAUGACAAACCUAUCCAUCCUCUGUACUGGUUGCCAGUCAAUCAGGGCUGAUAGAGGUGAUAACAAAUCAUGUGAGAAGUUACCACCCUAAAGUAGUACAGGUUAAUUUUGGAUAUUUGUUUUAUUACAUGCAUCUGUGCAGGCAACUAAAAAUAUAAAUGAACAAUUGGACAACUGAUUGUUACUCUAGGUGUAUUAAAUAUUUAGAGAAAGCUGUAAAACUGACAAUUUGAUUCAAUCUUAGCUAGAUCAGGGGAAAACAUUUUUCAGUGUGUUUCUUGUCACUCUGGAUAUAGACCUAAAAAUGUUUUAAAUUCGUCAGCUGAGAGGCUCUAUAGGUGGAAUUAAUGUUACAUGAACUAAUGUUUACCAUAAAAUGACUUUACAAUGAAGUGAAAAAGGUGCUAAAAUAGAGAAAACGUGUACAUUUGAAAUUCAUUUCACAAAUAAAUCUGAACAGUCCACUGACUUAAU